GCGAGCCGCUGGGGCGCUGUAGGCUUGCGGGCUGGUGGGAUGGCUGAUGAGGAGGAAGACCCCACCUUUGAGGAAGAAAAUGAAGAAAUUGGAGGAGGUGCAGAAGGUGGACAGGGUAAAAGAAAGAGACUUUUUUCUAAAGAAUUAAGAUGUAUGAUGUAUGGCUUUGGAGAUGACCAGAAUCCUUAUACUGAGUCAGUAGACAUUCUUGAAGACCUUGUCAUAGAGUUCAUCACUGAAAUGACUCACAAGGCAAUGUCCAUUGGAAGACAAGGUCGAGUACAAGUUGAAGAUAUCGUCUUCUUGAUUCGAAAGGACCCAAGGAAGUUUGCUAGGGUUAAAGACUUGCUUACUAUGAAUGAAGAAUUGAAACGAGCUAGAAAAGCAUUUGAUGAAGCAAACUAUGGAUCUUGACACCUUUUGUAGUAACUGAAACUCCAUUAUGUUCUAGGGAAAAUGUAUAUAAUAAUUGUAUAUUUUCUACAGUAAGGUCCUGAUACCUACCUAUGUAAAUGAAAGGUGGAGAAACACAGAGUUUUCCGCCUUUAUUUUCAUGCCUUUGAUUUUAGAGUGAUAUUGGAUUAAUUGCCUGCCUUUAUAUGACCAUACUUGAAUUACUUAUUUGGUUUUAAUGACCACACAUAAGUUAAAGUACCUUGCAAACCAUGCAGUUCCUUCUGACUUGUCACUAUCUAAAGGAUGAAAUAGUAUUUAUGUGUUAGGUAUAUUUGUGCCCUUGUAAGCUAUACUAUAGCUGUUUAACAUAUGAAAUUUAAAUGCCAUCUUUGACUCUGUGGUAGCUGAAACGUGCUUUAUGUAUUCUGAAGUUUUUAUACAAAAGUAGUCUGAGAGGUUAUUAUAGUGAACUUUUUUGUGUUUCUUUUAAGGAGCUGAUACAGGAAAAUAAAGGUUUUUUGUAAGA